UUUCUAAAAACAAGUAAAACAGUGAGAGAAUCAAGGGAGACCACCCUCCCCAAUUCUCUUUCUCCCUCUCAUCCAAAAUUCAAUCAAAGAAAUCCCAUUCUCCAACGGCCCAUUCUCUCCCUCCAUGAACCAUCAUCAACAUCAUCAUCAUCAUCAUCUCCAUCUCUGAGAACCCACCUCCAUUGCUCGUUGCCCUCUUGUUCAUCGACUUCCUCCACUCUCUCUGUUUCCCAGAUGUCACAGCUGAAGACUAUGGCUCUCGGCGAUGGUGUGGCCUCGAAUUCGGGGAAGUUCAAGCCAGAGAAGCCACUCCACCACCACCACCGAGCCGCUCACCUCCAUCGAUGGCAUCAGCAGCACUGCAUCGCCGUUUGGGGCCUUCUUGCCAUUGCCCUUCUCAUCGCCUUCUUCGCCUUCUCCCCCCGCCCCUCCACACCGUCUCGCCGACACCUCUCCUCCCCUCACUCUUCCUGGGGAGGUCCUCUUUGGGAGAAGCGCGUCCAAGCCUCUGCCCGCGUCCGCCUGACUUCAUCCUCCUCUCGCCGUGCCAUCUCCGUCCUCGUCACCGGCGCUGCUGGCUUCGUCGGUAGUCACUGCUCCAUUGCCCUAAAACGCCGUGGCGAUGGCGUUCUUGGCCUUGAUAACUUCAAUGACUACUACGAAACCUCCUUGAAACGCGCCCGCCAGGCCCUUCUCGACCGCGCUGGCGUCUUCGUCGUCGAGGGAGACAUCAAUGACGCCAACCUCCUCCGCAAGCUCUUCGAUGUCGCUCCCUUCACUCACGUUCUCCACCUUGCCGCCCAGGCCGGCGUUCGCUACGCCCUCCGCGACCCUGCCUCCUAUGUUCGCUCCAACGUCGCCGGCCUCGUCUCCAUUCUCGAAGCCGCUCGGUCAGCGUCCCCCCAGCCCGCUAUCGUCUGGGCCUCGUCGUCAUCCGUCUACGGCCUCAACUCCAAGGUUCCCUUCUCCGAAUCCGACCGCACCGACAGCCCCGCCUCUCUCUACGCCGCCACAAAGAAGGCCGGCGAGGAGAUCGUCCACACUUACAACCAUAUCUACGGCCUCUCCAUCACUGGCCUCCGUUUCUUCACCGUCUACGGACCUUGGGGUCGCCCGGACAUGGCCUACUUCUUCUUCACCAAAGACAUCCUCCGUGGCAAACCCAUCUCCAUCUACGAGGGCCCCGACCACUCCACCGUCGCCCGGGACUUCACCUAUAUUGACGACAUCGUCAAGGGAUGCCUUGCCUCCCUCGACACAUCCCAGAAGAGCACCGGCAGCGGUGGCAAGAAGCGUGGUCCGGCCCAGCUCCGCAUUUUCAAUCUCGGCAACACCUCCCCUGUGCCGGUAGGUGAGCUCGUCAGCAUUCUCGAGCGUUUGCUGAAGGUGAAGGCUAAUCGCAAGGUGGUGAAGAUGCCGAGGAAUGGUGACGUGCAGUUCACUCAUGCUAACAUUAGCCUCGCCCAGAGAGAGCUCGGGUACCACCCAGUCACCGACCUCCAGACCGGGCUGAAGAGGUUUGUAAAGUGGUACCUUGACUAUUACUCGCCGCAUUCAUUGGUGGUGAAAAAAGUCUCUAGCAUUGGUGGACUUAGCUCAUAACAAAAGUGAGGUGUUUUAGCUCAAACUCAUUGCAGCAUUCCAAUUCUUGAGGGCAUUCAUGAUAAGGAAAUGAUGUGCGCCAUGUCUGUGAUUUGGUAUUCUGCUACAUUUAUUUCCUCUCUUGAGAAUUUUGUUUGGUUUCUUUCAUUUUGAAGUAUUGGAGUGAUGUUAUUGUUUCAAUUAUACUUUGGGCAUCUUGCUGUAGAUGAUUGAUUAUUACAUGAAUAUAUGCUUUUUAUUGGCCUUGUUUC